AUUACAGAUUUUGGACAAUCCAAGAUUCUUGGAGAAACUUCUCUUAUGAAAACAUUAUGUGGUACUCCCACGUAUCUUGCUCCUGAGGUUCUAAAUUCACUUGGGACUGCUGGAUAUGGCCGAGCUGUGGACUGCUGGAGUUUAGGAGUUAUUCUUUUUGUAUGCUUGUGUGGAUAUCCACCAUUUAAUGAGCAAAACACUCAGCUGUCUCUGAAAGAUCAAAUCACUCGUGGAGAAUACACGUUCAUUUCAAAAGAAUGGAAGCAUGUAUCAGACAUGGCUCUGGAUCUUGUGAAGAAGCUGUUAGUAGUUGAUCCAAACAAACGUCUUACAACAGAGGAAGCCUUAGAGCAUCCUUGGCUUCAGGAUGAGGAUAUGAAGAGUACAUUUCAACAGCUACUUGCUCAGACACAUGCCAGUAUGAAUCCACCACAAACAUCAAAAAUGCCAACCACAAGAAAGCGUUUACAUGAAAAUGAGGAAGAAUCUGGCUCUUCUAAGCGUGCUGUUCCUUCUACAUCAUUUCAGAAAAUUAGGUGAAAAAAAGAGAAAGCAACUUUUGUUAAUUACAGCUUUUUUUAUGGAAAGCAGAAUUUUUAUUUAAGAAAAAUCUUAAUAAUGGAGUAACUGUUGAAGAUGCAAUUGCUAAAUAAAAAUAACUUUGUAUGACUGAA